CGCCCUAAAUAAGAAGUUUUCAUUCUGGAAAACGCCCUCUGUUGACAGAAUGUGCAAAAUGUAGUCAGUUUUGUUCAGUUCAAAAUGGCGGCCUCCAUGAACUGACAUCAUUUUUUGUAACAGAAUUUAGUCAGAAAUCAAACAGUGAGCCAUUCCAACACAAAUAUACUGCUCGGGCUACACAACUUAAAGACAGUUCAUGGUGGUUUUUGAGUGGAGCUAAUAGAGUCUUGAGUACUGCAGCUUGAGUACUGUGACAUACAUUUUGUAACCAUCCACCCUAAAAUACAGAACUAUGUGAAGUAUGUAUCCACUCUCUACAAUGGCAAAGAGUUCCCAGUUAUCACAGCGCCAGCAAUGGGUAUCGCCCUCGUUUGAUGACUUUGACAAUGCACCUCAUGUUAGCAGACCAACAAAACAUCCAUCAAAAUCAACGAGUGACAAGAAAGCUGAGGACACUCUUCCACAAUUACUCGGUCGAAAGAGAAGCCGCAAUGAUGAGAACCCUGGGAGGAUUCGAACAGCAGACAAGGACAAGUAUCGUAAGAGUGUGGAUAUUGAGGCAUGGGUAGACAAACACGCACCACAGAUACAAACUGAUCUAGCCGUACACAAGAAGAAAAUUGCGGAAGUUGAAGAAUGGUUGAAACGUCACAUUCAACAGCGACAAAGAGCAAGUGGACAGAAAGCCCCAAUUCUGGUGUUGACUGGACCAGCUGGAGCUGGUAAGACUGCGACGAUUCAUGUUCUGGUUAAGGAACUACAUGCUGAAGUUCAGGAAUGGUCCAAUCCGGAUGUAGCAAGCUUUGAUGUUGAACGCUUCAGGCAAGACAGACAGGAUUUCAACUUGCUUGGAGGUCCUGUUAGCCAAUCACAGACCGCUCUCUUUCAAGAUUUCCUGACGAGGGCUAACCGGUAUCCAGCCCUUCAACUCUUUGGUAGUGCAGUGUCAUCACAGAAAGUUUGUCUGGUUGAGGACAUCCCCAAUGCAUUCUACCGGGAUCCACAAAGCUUUCAUAAUGUCUUGCGAAAGUUCACCGUCACUGGUCGUUCGCCAUUAGUAUUUAUCAUCAGUGAUACGCACGGCGGAGAAUCUAGUGCCUAUAAGUUAUUCCCCAAAGAUCUACAAAGUCAUCUUGGAUUUGAGAGCAUAAGUUUCAAUCCUGUAGCCCUAACCAGCAUGGUAAAGGUGAUGACAAGAAUUGCAACGUCUGAAUCGAAUCGGGGUAGGAGGAGAUUUCCUGUGCCAUGUAAGACUACCAUUGAGGCCUUAGCCAACGCUAGUGCUGGUGAUGUUCGUAGUGCAAUCAAUACAUUACAGUUUGCAUGUCUCAAAGACACGCAUGAUCUAGAAGAAGCACUUGCUGCCAACCCUCCUAAAUCCUCCAAAGGUAAAGGUAGAAGACAACCAGUUGGGAAGUCUGGGAGACAGACCAAAGAGAAGAAAGUUACGAAGGAUAGCUCCUUGGCAGCAAUCGGAGGCAGAGACACAUCUAUGUUUCUCUUCAGAGCUCUAGGAAAGAUCCUGUACUGUAAAAGGGAACCCAAAAGCCCUGAGGAUCCUGUCCUUCCAGCUCAUUUAGCUCAUCAUGAAAGAGAUAGGUUAAAGGUCAAUCCAGAGGCAGUGUUAGAGCAAACUCAUAUGAGUAGUGAUAACUUCAACCUGUACUUACAUCAGAACUAUCUAGACUUCUAUGAGAAUGUUGAAGAUGUUGUCCAAGCCAGUCAGUAUUUCAGCGAUUCAGACUUUCUCACAUGUGAAUGGAGGUCAAGAUCAGCGAUGACAAGCUAUGGAGCUUCCCUUGCGUCACGUGCUUUAAUUCACUGUAAUACUGCUCGGAGUCGAUGUAAUUGUACGAGUAGUGUAGGAUGGAAACCUCUUCACAAACCACAAUGGUUUGAUACUUCUAAAAAGUAUCGUGAAGGUUGUCUAUCUGCUAAGGGCUUGUUUGUUGGUCAAUGCUGGACUCCGGUUGAGCUUCAGACCCAACUCUUACCCUAUCUUGCCAUCAUCAGUGUCCCCUUAAAGAAUCCAGGUCAGAUUAAUUUUCUUCAAGAAGUGACAAGAUUUACUCGAUACAAACAAACAUGGAGGCAUCGACCAGAAAAGCUGGAUGAGAAAGACGAAAUAGAAGAUGAAGCUGAUGAAGAUGUCCCAAGCUCACAAGGAGUUCGAAUGUUACCCCAAAGAGGGCCUCACAUCACUGCCGAAAGCGUUGACCCUCUCAGCAAAGUCGCAUCCACAGAAGAUGAGAUCGUUAUAGAGGAUUUUGAUGACUGAUCAUAAUAGGGCAAAAUUUCAUAAAGUUGUUUACUGGAAAAUUCUACCUAUCAAAUUCCUUUGCUUAGCGAGAAAUGGGCAGGAUGCCAGUGACUUCUUGGCAUGUGGGAUACAGAAGCAUUGUACAGACCCCUUACAGUGCAAGAUUUUGUUUAAAUUUGUUUCAUGCCAGACACUCAAGGCCUGAAGGCUACUUCAAGGUGUGGGCUACAAAUCAACUAUUUUUCAAGAGGCUGUUGCCACCUGCUCCUAGGGCUGAAACAG